CACAAGUAACUCCUAAUCAAUCUCUCUCUCUCUCAUUAUCUGGCUCUUGGCGUAGCAGAGCUUCCGAGUUCACUCGAGGUUGGUCUUGAUUCUCCCAUUCUUUGCCGCUGGAAUUCCUGAAGAUGCGCCGCUCUGCAUCCAGGAAAACGGGUCAACCAAAUUCAACAUCGUCUGUCAAUUCUUCGCCCGCGGAUUUCUUCCGCUCCGCCUCAAGUAAAGCAACUUCAAAAGAGUUGGAACGAGUUGAUAACCUAUUUUAUUCUUAUGCAAAUGGGUCUUCUGGUAUGAUUGACCCAGAGGGAAUUGAAACUCUUUGUUCAGACAUGGAAGUGGAUCAUACUGAUGUGAGGAUCUUAAUGCUUGCUUGGAGAAUGAAAUCAGAAAAACAGGGGUAUUUUAGCCUGGAAGAGUGGCGAAGAGGCCUCAAAGCACUAAGGGCAGACACUGUACAUAAAAUAAAAAAGGCACUCCCGGAGCUGGAGAAAGAGGUUAGGAGGCCAUCGACCUUUGUGGAGUUCUAUUCCUAUGCAUUCCAAUAUUGUUUAACAGAGGAGAAACAAAAGAGCAUAGAUAUAGAGAGCAUAUGCGAAUUAUUGGAUCUUGUUCCAGGCACCCAAUUCCGGGCACAGGUUGACUUGUUUGUUGAGUAUUUAAAGGCUCAGAAUGAUUACAAGGUCAUAAAUAUGGAUCAAUGGAUGGGCUUCUACCGGUUUUGCAAUGAGAUAAGUUUUCCAGACCUUAGUAAUUAUGAUCCUAACCUUGCUUGGCCCUUGAUCCUGGACAAUUUUGUUGAAUGGCUGGAAGCAAAGCAGAGCUAAUUGAUCUAUUUCUGUCCAGCUUGGCUCUCUGCUGUAAACCACAAUUAUUUUUUGAAGGCCCCUUAGACUACACAAGUCAAAUGCCCCAGGAUUUCUUUCUUCUUUUCUGUCUCGCCAUUUCCUUUUAGACAUGAAAUUCGUGCCCAAGGUCCUUACAUUUAGAAGUUACUUGUUUGUAUUAGGUAUGAUGCUUAAGAAAGUGUAUUGUUCACUGUUUAUGCGGUUCCAUCAUUUUUUUUCGAUACUCAGAUACCACCCAAGUAGUUGUUGCAAGUUGCUGAUCUUUUAAGCCUGCUUAUAUUAUGCUCUUUUUAUGUU